AUGUCCGAUAUGUCCUACUCAGAUAGUGACGGCGAUAGUUCUUGGUCCGCUGUUGGACUCUCGGACCCAAAGAAUGGGCAAUACCGAGACCGACGAGCGCUGCUGGAUACAGUCAACCAAUUGCAUAGCUGUGGUCUGAAUAAAAGACUCGACUUGCCUCAAAUCGCCGUCGUUGGCUCCCAGUCCGUGGGCAAGAGCUCCCUGAUUGAGGCAAUGUCAGGGAUCACACUCCCUCGCUCAUCUGGCACCUGUACACGAUGUCCCAUUGAAUGUCGCCUCUCCAAAGUUGACACACCCUGGAAAUGCGAAGUAUUUGUUCGCUUCGAGGAUGCGCGUGGGGAGAUACGGUUCGGCGAGCCCAUCAGCGACCACACACUUGUGGAAGACCGCAUCCGCCGUGCACAAAUUGCAGUACUCAAUCCUUCGUCUGAUCCUCUCAGCUUUCUCGAGUCCACUUCGCUUGAAAAUAAUGAGCUGUCGUUCUCGGACAACAUUGUCUCAGUCCGUAUUUCCGGCGCUGAGGUCGAUGAUCUCUCCUUUGUGGAUCUUCCAGGGAUUAUUGCAGCGGUUCGUGCUGGUGGUAAUGAAUCCGAUGUCGACCAGGUGAAAAACUUGGUUCGCAAGGUCAUUGCGCGCGACUCUUGUCUCAUUCUACUCGUUGUAUCCUGUGACACCGACUUGGAGAACCAGGGGGCUCGCAGUCUCGCAAAGCAAGUCGACCCUAAUGGCAGGCGUACUAUCCCGGUGCUCACCAAACCGGAUCGUAUUGAGCGUGGUACACAUGCCGGCUGGAUGAAGCUCCUAGAAAAUCGUGAAGAGCGCUUCCGGCACCCCUGGCACUGCGUCAAACAGCCCAACCAAAUGCAAUUAGAAAGCGGCAUUAGCCAUCGCGAAGCGCGUAAAAGCGAAAACGACUUCUUCGCCAACACUGAACCAUGGUCAACUCUCGACGUCGAGAUUCGCUCCAGACUUGGGACGUCUGCGCUGACAGAAGCCCUGGGUACAAUUCUCUUUGAUCUAAUCUGCAAGACGCUACCCGGAAUCAUCCACGAGGUCGAAAAAAGACUCAGGGAAACGAAGGAUGCGCUAAGCAAGCUCCCGCAGAAGAUUGAAGGAAACCCAGUUUCCAUAGUCAUGCAACUUCUCGAAGACUUCAAGAAAGACGUGUCGAGUCUGAUAGAUGGCAAUGCAGAUGCAGGUGCUAAUGGACUCAUCCAGUCGUUCCGGUGCGCAAAGGACAGGUUUCGCCAAGAAAUAUUUGAUCAAGCCCCCAACUUUAAACCAUAUGGACGCUCCAAAACAGCCACAAGAGUGGUGCACGACCACGUAGAUGCCUCAAUUGAGAAUGCAGAGGAUACUGAGCCACUAGAACCGACGAGACGCAAGGAUCAAGGUCGUGUAUUCUACUUGGAGGACGUCAGGAAGAUGGCAAACGAAGCAAUGACACGCGAGCUGCCGCAAAAUUUUCCGUAUGCGAUCAAAAUCUUCUACAUCAAACAGUCGACCUCAGAGUGGAAAACUCCGAUGGAAAAGCUCUUCAAAAGUGCGGAAACCAUGUUCGAAGACAAAGUCAGAGGUCUCGUCCACCACCACUUUUCUCGAUUCAGCGCAGGGUCGUUUAACACUGAAAUGAUCCCACAAACAAGGCGUCUUGCACGUGCCCACCUCCGAGCAUGCAGCGAGCGGACGCACCAGCGGAUCCACGAAAUGCUCAAGCUCGAACAAGAGGAGCCCUUCACCGUCAAUGAGCACUACUUGAGUGACUACAAGGUCAAGUACAAGGCACGCUACGAACGAAUGUGCAACCCGGAGCCGAUUAGCAGCUCGAUUCCUGCAUCCCAUCCGACGCCUCCUGCCACUGUGGUCGCAAGCUAUAACGUCGUUGACGGCGGCCGGGCUUCCUACGUUGACCGAAGACGAACUGGUAAAGCGGGUCAGAGCUUCCCGGUCUCUACACCAGAAGGGUUGGUGGAAAUCAUGGCAGAAGUUCGAGCGUACUACCAAGUUGCAUUCAAGCGCUUUGUCGAUUAUAUCUCCAUGAUCAUUGAUUACGAGCUCCUCAAGCAGUUCUCCCGCACUCUUCAUGUCGUUAUCACGACUGGUAUAAAGAUUGGUGAGGAUGGGUUCAAGGAGAGAUGUAUCUCGUUGCUUGUCGAUGAUCCCACCAUUGUGCGGAAACGUGAUGGGCUGAUGCAAGAUUUGGAAGUCUUUAGCACGGCAUAUAUCAAUUUGCAAAGCGUUGUGACCACUUCGACAAUGGAUUAUGAGGACGAGGAGAUGGAGGGCAUGUCCAGCUGA